CUCAUUUGUAGUGUCAACAGAAUACAAUAAAGCUUUGAAUGAAAUAGUAAAGAACAUUAUUUUAUUUACAUAUUCUUCUGAAUAUAGUAGGCAGAUUAACUUAUUGGACUGUGUCUUUGUUGCUGGUGAAGAACCGAGGUCCACUAAAUGUUUGGUAGCAACAGCUUCCCCUUCUUCAGGGUAUUUGUGCUUAUUGGAUGUAGGAGAUGGUGCAGGUCUGAUUUUUUUAUGUUGAGGGUCUCAUAUAUCUAGGCUAACUUCAUUCAGAUGAAGCAAAGUUGCCUAAUGCUGCUGUACAUAAUGCAGCUUCUCUGUAAUAAUAUCAGUGUAUUAAAACCUCUAAUUAUGAAUCAAUAAUCUCAACUAAAUAAUUAAUGUCAGACUAUGAAACUGGGACCAAAGUAGCAGAACAUUAGAAAAUGUAGAAUGUCUGAAAUAAGAUUUAAUUAAAAACAAUGAAUUCUGAACUACGUCAUACCCGCGCAUUAGAGAAAUGAGUUGUGAUUGGUUGAAAGUGAGCACCUUACGAAACGUUAGCAAGUACAGGAAGCCACUCUGGAAAACUCCGGAAGUCGAAUCAGAGAACAAGCAGGGUUGGUGAAAGCUAAGUACAAGUAUUUAGAAGUUGGGCCAUGGCGCUUGGAGAUUGUUGGAAGCAGCUGUCCUGGUUUUACUACCAGUACCUCCUGGUGACGGCGCUGUACAUGCUGGAACCGUGGGAGAGAACAGUGUUCAAUUCCCUGCUGAUCUCUGUGGCUGCCAUGGCCAUCUACACUGGAUACGUUUUCAUGCCGCAGCAUAUUAUGGCCAUUCUCCAUUACUUUGAGGUUGUCCAAUGAGCCGAUGUUCCUGCAUGUUCCUUGGCUCAGCCUGUUGUCCAUCCAUCUACCACAUCCUCUAACAAUCCUACGUUUCUAUGUUUGAAAUCGGGCUGGCUCAGAACUUCUCUCCUCAUGGAAUCAGUAUGAAAAUGAAACGCUGGGAGUGCUGUGCUGGAGGCCAUGUUGGACAAGAUUCAUCCUAGAGAUUGUCCUGCUCUGAAAUCUGGCAUUGUAAGCAGUGUUUUACUUGGAGGCAACGUGCUUGGUUUCAGCUGAUGUUUGCUUUUCACUUUGACUCAACUGCACUUUACUGUUGGAGUUAUGGGGACUCUAAUUUAUUUGAUUUUGUCUAGACACCAAACUGUUCCUAUAGUUUAAGCUCUAUAUUGUAUAGACUGGAGAAAUGAAUGAAAUCUUCUAGUUGUUUGACUGCUCCAGAUUCAGGAACAAGCAGGCUCAGAUCUUUGUAAGAACUCUGCUUGUUCAACAUCCUCCAUCAGUUAUGCUCCAUUGUAGCAUUUCUCUAAUCGGAUCUGUAUGUUUAAAAACAAAGGCAGCAUAAUGCCAUUCCAGAGAGCCUUUUGGUUCUGUUCAUCUUUAACAGCAAACAGCUUGUUUGGUAAUAAAUCAUGUUAUGAUUGAUGUUAAAAAAAAAAAAUCUCUAAUCUAGGCCUUCUUUUUUCCAGUCCCAUCAGUAAUGAUUGACCAUGUUUUAUCUUCAGGUCUGAGUAUUUUUGUCAGCAGGUGGUUGUCCUACUGCAAAGAAAACAGAGGAACAAUCUACAAAGGUUUUAACAUGUUUUGUUGAUUGAUUGUUUUCUGAUGCUUGAUUUAAAAUUCAUAUAAAAGGCUUAUAAAGAUACAACAAACAUCUGUAAACCUAAUUCCACUAACUUCUCAUUUCAGGAGUUUCAGCCAUACUAUAUAGCUUAGAAAGAAAUGUCUGUUUUUGUAUUUUAUCUGGUUUUAUCUCUGAAAAGCUCCAACUCAUCCUCGCUCAUUAUUCUAGUCAACAAUUAACUUCAUUCCAGUUGGAGUCUGACUCGUUCUGCUAGCAGGUGUCUGAAUGGGGUGGUCCAUUUCACUGUUAAUUUCAUUGUUAAAACAGGCUAAAAUAUGAGAUUUUAGUAGUAUAUUUUGAGAAUUUGGGUUAUUAUCAGACCAGGUCAGCUCUUUAAAAUUAAAUUCAGUGGAGAAUAAUGAUUCUUUCCUGCAGCACAUCAGGAAGGAUUCAUUAUGUGCAUCUCAUUUAGACUGGAAAGCAAGAUUCAGUGGAAGAAAAAUCACUGUUGAAAUAAACUGCAGUGUUGGUCGAGAAAAUCUGUCCUUGUGAAAAAUAUUAGAUAUCCUUUUUAAAUUUUAGUUGCAUUUAUUGGCAAAAUAAACUCCCACUGCCAAAGCUAAUGCUUAGAUAUCUGUGACUUCUACAAAAAAGAUGUACUUUUCUUCAAUGUAUAUAAUCUUGUAUAUAUAUUUGUAAAGUUUCGUAGUCAGAUAAUUUGACAUAAACAGAUGUUUUUGUGAACUCAUUUUAAUACUGUUCUAUAUAUCUGAAAUGAUUAAAGUUAUAUUUGUUUUGUGUUUAAUCAGUCAAUAUCAAAUCUUUUUUUAGUGCUCAAACUAAAAUUGGUUUAUUGUAGGUUCAGUGAAAAGUUAUCCAAACAUUUCUUAACUUUUUAAUUUUUUUGUUGGUAAAAGAGAAUUUCUGUUUGUUCGGUCAGUCAGGUCAGCAUUUUGAUUUAUUUUUGACAUCGGGUAAAAAUAGACACUAGCAUGAAGGUGGUGUAAACAAAGACUGGACUGAAAUAAUUGGAAAGACCAGAUUUAUUUUCUAAAAAAGUUUUCUACAAACCUUUUGUCAUGAAUGUACAAUUAAAAUAAAAAACUACAGCAUC